AUGAAAGACCCAUAAGGUUUAAAUUGUUAAGUUGAAGUAGAGCCAAGUAUUUAAGAAAUAAGAUCAAUAAAGAUUUAGAAGAAGAAAAGAUUAGUGAUGAAAUUUUCAACUGAUUCAGAAAAUGUAGAAAGUGAUUAAAGCGUUGAUAACUCAUAAAUUUAUAGAAAAUAAUUCUUAGAAAGUUAUUCUAUGUUUACAACUAAAAAUUCAAUAACUGGGAAAUUUAAAAGCUUGAAUUUAAAAAGCAAUUCCGUAAUAUAUAAAACAAAGCUUACUUCAAUUAGAAAGAUAAAAUCAUUCAGAUUAGAUGAUGAAAUAGAUAGUUAAGAUGAGGAAGAAAGUUUGCCUAAGGAAUUAAUGAAUGUCAAUUUUUAGUUUAGAUAAGAUGCUAUAAUUAAUGUUUAAAAAAUCCUUUAAUAAAAGAAAUGA